UGACUUAAAUUUGAUAAUAUUAUUAACGAUAGUUUCACUAUCGUUUUGCAUAAACAAUACGCAAUCUUCAUGAAUGAUUUCAGUUCAUCGUUCACCAUCCGGUCUUCAUAUAAUGAACUAAAUUAGACAAUACCAAUGUAAAGUUACGAUUGAUCGUUGAUCGUAGCCGAUCGUAUGAACUUUACGAUCAAUGAACUCCGUUAGACAAUUAGGCCCGGUGUCCAGAUAUUUUAUUUAUCUCGAUUAUCGAUUAUUUUUAUCAUUAAAUCCUGCUAUUCAAUAUUUUUCUAGUUUAAAGUGAUCUGUGGUAUUAAAUAGUGAAGUUUACAAUUUAAUAAUUUAAUUUUUGUUUGAGUCAUUGAUAAAAAAAAACCAUUACUAAAUUGUUUUCGCAAAUCGCAUCUAAACAAAACUAUAAAGCGAUAAAUAAUGUCUCUAGCUGAUGAAUUAUUGGCCGACUUGGAAGAAAAUGACGAUGGGGAACUUGAAGCUAUAGUUGAGAAUAAAACAUCAACUGAUCAUGAAUUCGCUGUGCCUUUCCCGGUUGUUCCAAACGAGGAAGAAAUAAAAAACAUCUCUAUUAGAGAAUUGGCUAAAUUAAGGCAUUCGGAUCGCUUGCAAAGGGUUAUGACAUCAAUUGAGCAAAAUGUUGGCAAUGACAGGAAAAAAAUUGAGGUGACUGGUUUGAUGGAGUCUGACCCUGAAUAUCAGCUCAUUGUGGAGGCAAACAACAUAGCCGUUGAGAUUGAUGGCGAAAUAGCUAUUAUCCACAGAUUUGUUCGGGAUAAAUAUCAGAAGCGGUUCCCUGAACUGGAGUCAUUGAUCAUAACCCCAUUGGAGUACAUCCGCACUGUAAAAGAGCUUGGGAAUGAUUUGGACAGAGCUAAGAAUAAUGAGACACUGCAGAGCUUUUUGACACAAGCUACUAUUAUGAUUGUAUCAGUCACUGCAUCCACAACUCAGGGGAAAUUGCUAUCUGACUAUGAAUUGAGUGAGAUUUUUGAGGGGUGCGAUAUGGCAACAGAGUUGAACAAUUUUAAAUCAAAAAUUUAUGAAUAUGUAGAGAGCAGAAUGACAUUUAUUGCACCAAAUAUAACUGCUAUUGUUGGUGCAUCAACAGCAGCGAAGAUCCUGGGUGUAGCAGGUGGGUUGUCCAAGUUGUCAAAAAUGCCGGCCUGCAAUGUGCUGCCACUGGGGCAGCAGAAGCGGACUUUGUCGGGAUUCUCUCAGGCCGCGUCGCUGCCUCACACUGGCUUUAUAUACUUCUCCCAGAUUGUCCAGGAUGCUACUCCAGAGCUACGAUAUAAAGCGGCAAAACUGGUGUCAACCAAAUUGACUCUAGCCGCGAGAGUGGACGCGUGCCAUGAGAGCACAGACGGGGCCAUCGGAAGACAACUCAGAGAGAAUAUUGAAAAGAAACUUGACAAACUACAGGAACCACCGCCCGUGAAGUUCGUGAAACCCCUGCCGAAGCCUAUCGAGCAGAGUCGCAAGAAGCGCGGCGGCAAACGCGUGCGCAAGAUGAAGGAGCGCUACGCCAUGACCGAGUUCCGCAAGAACGCCAACCGGCUCAACUUCGCUGACAUUGAAGACGACGCUUACCAAGAAGACUUGGGCUACACGCGCGGCACUAUCGGCAAGUCGAGGACUGGUCGCGUGCGGUUGCCUCAGAUAGACGAGAAGACCAAAGUGCGCAUCAGCAAGACGCUGCAGAAGAACCUGCAGAAGCAGAACCAGCAGUACGGCGGCGCCACCAGCAUACGGAGACAGGUCUCGGGUACCGCCUCCUCGGUCGCCUUCACGCCUCUGCAGGGUCUUGAAAUUGUGAAUCCCCAAGCCGCCGAGACGCGAAUUAAUGAAGCUAACGCCAAAUACUUCUCGAACACGUCCGGAUUCUUGUCGGUCGGCAAAAAGACAACGUGAUAUAAUAAAUUCAUUACAAAAAGUCUGAAGAAACAGUAAUCUGCUAUGACAUUAUACUGCAUCUUAAGGUAAUGUUGUGGUAACACUUAUAAAUGAGUUGUUUAAACACUGGAAUUAAAAUCUAUAUAAGGACUUAAAAAUACUGAGAAAUACAUUAAUAAUGUAAACUAUAUCUUUAGGCCUCAUUCGCACGAGAGUUUUUUAGCGGACGUUAAAAAAACGUUCAAAUACAUUCCCAAGUAUAUGUUCACACGACAGCGUUUUUAAAACACGACGCUUUUUUUCGAGCAGUGUUGCAUUUACAAUUUUGAGCGUUGGAAAUAGACCUUCAUUUAACUUCAUACUAUAUUUGAAUGCUUUUUUAACGUCUGUUAAAAAAACUCUCGCGGGAAUGAGGGCUUACUGGUUCUAUUUAGUCUAAAAACGAAGUACUGCAAUCUUUCGAAAAUUACGUUUUUAUUUUCAACCGAUUUCAAAAAAAGACGGAGGUUUUUAAUUGGACGAUUAUGUUUUUUUAAUGUUUGUUACCUUCGUCCUUUAUUAACCAAUUUUGGUAAUUCUUUUUUUGUUUGGAAGAGUAUACUUUCAGAUUGAUCCCAUUUCAUUUUCAUGAAAAUCGAUUUAUCGAUUCGAAAAGUAUUUCGCGUUAAAAUCAAAAAUAACUGAAAUACGUCUUUGAAGUCGGUUCCAUUUUUAUGUAAAAAAAGAUCAUUUAGAUACAGUGUUUUGUCAUGGCACGGCAGUGGUAAAUCAUGCGAUACAACAUAAGUGCAUAAUUUUGUUAGUGCCUAAUUAUCGUAUAAUACCAACAUUCUAUUUGACAAUUGUGUGACGUAAACUGAAUUCAUUAUCAAUAAAUGCAUUAUCACUAAA